GCAGGCCGGUUUGGACGCUGCGGGUGCUGUUGGCAGAGUUUCCACCCCGGGGCGCCCCGUAUAUAUUGAGCUCGUGGUGCCAUCACAAACACACUGGCACACUCUGUCUCGACCUUGCCGAUCCGAUCACUAUGGCCACAGAACACCAGAAACCUGCGACCCAGCAGCAGCAGGCGGGCGUCAGUUCGUUCGCGCUGGUGAUCUACGAGCAGGAAAACUUCCAGGGCCGCUGCCACGAGCUGACCGGUCCCUCUAACAACCUCCAGGAAGCAGGCGUGGAGAAAGUGGGCUCGAUACUGGUGCUGUGUGGACCAUGGGUGGGAUACGAGCAGCUCAACUGUAAGGGGGAGCAGUUUGUGUUUGAGAAGGGGGAGUAUCCUCGCUGGGACUCCUGGACCAACAGCCGGCGCAGCGACUCCAUCGCCGCGUUCCGCCCGAUUAAAGUGGACAGCCAGGAGCACAAGAUCGUCCUCUACGAGAAGCCCGGCUUCGCGGGGAAGAAGAUAGAGAUCAUAGACGAUGACGUGCCCAGCUUCCACGCACACGGCUACCAGGAGAAGGUCUCGUCUGUGCGGGUUCAGAGCGGCACCUGGGUCGGCUAUCAGUAUCCGGGCUACAGAGGCUACCAGUACCUGUUUGAGAAGGGCGAGUACAAGGACAGCGCCGAGUUCGGAGCCCAGAUCCCUCAGAUCCAGUCGGUCCGGCGCAUCAGAGACAUGCAGUGGCACCAGAGAGGAGCUUUCCAACCCGCCAGCUAAACAUCAGGCACCAAGACUCAGCAGCGACGUUUAAAGAACACGAAUAAAUCCAAACUGCUGAAA